AUGUCGCAGCACCUCGGGGAUCAGAAAGCACAGCCGCACUCCCGAAAUCGUUCGCCGUGCAAAGCUUGUCAGGCGGCGAAGCGAAAGUGCGAUCAGAUCAAGCCAAAGUGCUCACGAUGCCGCAAGCAGAACCUAGUCUGCGAACCCUCGGCCCAGUCCAGGUGGCGCAUUAACACGCUCAGCGAUGUUCCUAUCAAUCGAGCGGCAUCGCGCUUGAGAAGCGCGCAGGCACGGCCGUCUUUGGAACGAAGCCGCCAGCGAGGAGCAGGAGAGAGUGGCGGUCCGUUGCAAGCGGACUCGGUACAGAUUGGCUCCGUAGAGAACCAUAGCAGCGUCACAAGCACGACACCCGACAAAGUCCCCGAUACGGUUGGAUCCCACGAAGCGGAGGAAACAGGCGAUUCAACUUCUGAGCUGCUCAGUAUUCAUCACUUGGACUCUUUGCCGCAGCUCGCUUGUCCAGACUUCGUGGAGCUUCUUAACCAUUUUCCAUGGAACGGUACACUUAUGGGCGCCGACCAAUUUCUGCAAGGGUUAGAAGUUCAAUGGCAAGACUGCAUGUCUUCAACCACCCCGGGUAAGGAUAUUCAAGCUACAGAUGAUGUUGGUCAGCAUCCACAAGACGUCGAGAAUGAAGCAUCGGCUCCGGAUAAUUGCUUUGAUCCAAUUUUCCAGCCUAGCACUCAGGGAUGCAGUGCCUUGGAUGCUGCAAUCGACGAGCUUCUCGGUGGUGUUACCCAAAGCACGGCAAGCAUCUCGUCACACAGAACAUACAUGAUGGUACUAUGGGAAAACUUUCUCCAGAAAAUCGCACCCUCUCUAACACCUUUCGGAACCCGCGACGACAACCCAUUCCUCAAAUAUCUGGUGCCAAAUGCCGAAUCCAACUCUUCUCUUCUAAUCGCUGUUCUGUACCUUGCGCAAGCAUUCUCUCGAAGAAAUCACCGAGACUUCGACCCCGCUAUAGAGGACUAUCUCGAACGAAAAGCAGAAGAGGUACUGCAGACUUUAGAGCAGGACAAUGCUUUGACUCUAGAUGUUGUUCGGGAGUCGGGUGAGCAGACUUCUAAAUUAGUGCUGACAUUGUCAACUGUUCUUGUCUUCUGCAUGACAUUUAUCGCAAAGCAUGAUGCUAGCAGGUUUCAUACCCACAUGGAGCUUGCCGUGAUCCUCUGUCAGUUCUUAUUUAGGACACUAGCAGAAGAUGAGAGCUUCUUGUAUCUCGCAAAGCUCUUGGGGUUCAUGCACAACGCUCUGCUAUUCAGCACUUCAGCUAGCAGCGCAAAUGCGCCAGACUUCCUCGGCGCGGCCCUGGAGCUCCAGAGUCGCGAUACUGGUACGCUGUGCGAUAUAGACGGAUACUUGGAAAAAGACAUCCAUUUCCACGAUUUGGACGUAUUCUCAGGCAUGUCGUCCGCCAUUGCGAAUAUUCUAUAUACUCUGGGCAUGCUUCUCAAGAGAAAGCAGAUUGAUUUGGGUGCUACACCUCUCCAUGAGAGAGAAGCUGCCAGAAUGUUUGAAUGUGAUAUUGAUGGGCUAGAGAUGCGUCUAAGGAGGCACAUGGCUCAGCUGAAGAAGUGCCGGGAGCUGCGCAACAUCUCUGAGCUUUCAUAUGACGACUCCCUGGCUCGGUCUUUGAAUUUCUACAACGAGGCAGUGUUCUGGAGCGCCUGGACUAUAUUUCUCACAGAUCUCAAGAAUAUGUUCUGGGCCGAUGUUGGGGUUCAAGAAUCGAGGCUGGGAGUUUUGGUCAUGCUCCUGAAGUCAGAUGCCACAUCAAGCAGCUUGAGCGAUGAUACCUUUGCCGGGUCAGCAUAA